CAGCUGCCUGGGCCGUGCGGGGGUGGCCGAGGCCGGAGGCGCCGCGGUCGGAGCGCGGGAGGUUUGCUUUUCUGCAGUGACUCCUGAAAGUCUCCUGACAGUGAGAUCAAGGUGCCUUUUUCAGCUCAUCUUUCCAGAUGUUAAGCUUUCCCUGACUCUUCAGUUUCUCGUAGUUGAAAAAAAUUUUUAUUUUUUCAAAUGGCAACAUUAAUUCACACUUUAGCGGAUCACAGUGAUGACGUCAACUACUGUGCCUUCUCAUCAUCGCGCUUGGCUACGUGUUCCUCGGACAAAACAAUUCGCGUUUAUUCUUUGGGCGACUUCGCCGAGCUCCCGUACUCGCCCUUGGAGGGCCACGCGUACGCCGUGCACUGCUGCUGCUUCUCGCCGUCGGGCCUCGUGCUGGCCUCGUGCUCCACGGACGGCACCGCGGCGCUCUGGGACGCGCGCGACGGCCGCAGGCUGGCCGUGCUGGAGCAGCCCGGCGCCAGCCCCGUCCGCGUCUGCCGCUUCUCUCCCGGGGCCGCCCAUCUGCUGGCGGGGGCAGCGGACGGCAGCGCCGCGCUUUGGAACGUGCAGUCCAGGAAACUGUACCGAUCUGGGAAAGUUAAAGGCGGUUCUUUGAUGGCUUGUGCGUUUUCUCCCAAUGGAAACUUCUUUGUCACUGGAUCAUCAAGUGGUGAUUUAACCAUCUGGGAUGAUAAAAUGAGAUGCCUGUGUAAUGAAAAAGCACAUGAUCUUGGCGUGACCUGCUGUGAUAUUUCUUCACAUCCAGUAUCUGAUAGUGAAAAUGGAUUCAAAUACUUCCAGAUGGCUUCCUGUGGACAAGAUAAUCAUAUCAAACUCUGGCUUAUUUUGUUUUCAGAUUUCUUAGGUGUUCAGUUAAAAUAUAAAUGCACACUGAAUGGGCACUCUGCCCCAGUUCUGGCUUGUGCAUUUUCAUGUGAUGGACAGAUGAUAGCCUCGGGGUCUGUGGACAAGUGUGUCAUCAUCUAUGAAACUAGUACUGGCAAUACCCUUCAUACUUUGUCUCGGCAUACAAGAUAUGUUACAACUUGUGCUUUUGCACCAUGUAGUCCCUUACUUGCCACAGGCUCAAUGGAUAAAACUGUGCACAUAUGGCAGCUUGACCUUAAGCAACCCUGUGCAGGACGUACUGUAGAAAAUGAAUCAAAGGUGGCUGUUGAGGACUGGUCAGAGGAUGAUGUUUCAGCCUGGCUCUGUGCACAGGAUUUAGCAAACUUCGUUGAACUUUUCAAAAUGAAUAAUAUUGAUGGCAAGGAACUACUCAAUCUUACUAAGGAAAGUCUUGCUAAGGAAUUAAAAAUCGAGUCUCUAGGCCUGCGCAGUAAAGUUCUCCAGAAAAUUGAAGAACUGAGGAUGACAACGACCUCGGUUUCUGUUCCUGAUGAGUUCCUAUGUCCUAUAACAAGAGAGCUUAUGAACGAUCCUGUCAUUGCCACAGAUGGCUAUUCCUAUGAAAGGGAAGCAAUGGAAAACUGGAUCAGCAAUAGACGAUCUAGUCCCAUGACGAAUCUUCCUCUCCACUCUCUUAUGCUCACACCAAACAGAACACUAAAAAUGGCCAUUAAUCGCUGGCUAGAGACUCAGCAGAAAUAGUUAAACCACUUAAUUUUGAAGUUGUUUGUUAAAAUUAAUUGAAAUUUUAUGCAGCUGGAGGAAUUAAUUGUAUCAGAAACACAUGGAAAGAAAAACUUGUGCUUCGCUUCUAUCUGUGGUUGGUUCAGCCUUCACUGGUGGAAACUCCCAGAACAACUUUAAUUUCCUAGUAGUUUUACUUUGUGGUAUUUCUGUUUAAGAGUCAAGUACUCAAAGUUUUUCAAAUAAAAUUUUCUUAAAAUUUUUAUUA